CAGUAUAAACAAGUCUAUAUACGAUGUGAGCAAAUGAGGUGAGAUAAGGGAGGUAAAGGCAAAAAAAAGGCCAUGGUGGCAAAGUAAAUACAAUAUAGCAAGUAAAACACUGGAAUGGUAGAUUUGCAGUGGAAGAAUGUGCAAAGUAGAAAUAAAAAUAAUGGGUGAGGGAGAUCGAUCAGCAGGUUGAACAUGGUGAGAUUGUAGACUCCAACAUUGAUAGUGCAAUUUGUUUAGGCGAUUUUUCAGCUAACUAGCUACGUUACAUGCUGAUAUUGUCUUUGAUUUUGUUGUGUUUAGCUACGUUUGCUAGCCAGCCAGCCAGUCCAUUGUAUUGCGGAUUUUGUAGUCGACUUGAGCUGCAACAGAUUUCCACAAAGAUUUUCAAUGGUGCUACCAACCUUUAUGACGGCGUAUAACACAAAAAUUAAACAUUUGUUCACAAAAUUGUGCUCAUUUAUCACUAAAUUAAAGGAAUAAGUGGUUUUGGGUGGAUUGUUAGCUGCUUUUAGCAACUCUAAUAUUUACACUAGGGUUGCUGGGAAUUAGCUUGCAAUAAAAAGGAAUUGUCCGCCGAAAACUAGAUGUUAAAUAAAAUUACAUUUCAACUUACUGUGUCGAUUGUCUGUAGCCUUGGUCCUUAUGCAGGGAGGAAUUUGAUAAAAAAACACGAUGGGACAUGAUUAAACAGAAUUUACACAGGUGGGUCUGUUGGAGACCCAUGCAGUUCCUCAGUAAGGUCAGUUCUGCUUUUUGUGCAAGUGUGGUGCAUGUGCAGGACUUUAAUUUGGAUGUGAGGUAAGUGGACAAGAAGUGGGUCUACAAAAGACCCACGUUUGGAAAGCCUGUUUAACAGCAGAGUAAGCUGAAAUUGAAUUUUAUUUAACUUUUGGCUUCCUGUGGACUUUUUUUUUUUUGUAAGAUAAUUCCGAGCAACGCUCGUUUCAAGUUUUAAUGGCACUUGCUUAAGUACAGUGAAAUGCCUUUCUUUCAAGCUCUAACCCCAACAAUGCAAUAAUCAAUAACAAUGUAACACUACAAAUAAUAAGGUAUAACAAAAACACACAAGAUAUAAGAAGAACACAAUAAACGGCGCUUGUACCCCCUGGCCCUGGACUGCUUCAACUGUUGGGGGAUCUCACUGAGUGACCAUUGAUGCUGCAUCUCAGGGUUGCUGAGCCUAUGCGAGAGUGCGAGUACAGCCAGAUCAGCACUCGCAGCUCGACCCCGAUGGAGACUCCAUACAAGAAGAGGAUCCCAAAGAGGAGGAAGUGGCAAGUCUUCCCAGGGCGGAAUAAAUUUUACUGCAAUGGGAGGAUCAUGAUGGCCAGGCAGACAGGGGUCUUCUACCUCACCCUUGUCCUAAUUCUCGUCACAAGCGGACUCUUCUUCGCUUUUGACUGUCCGUUCCUGUCGAUGCAGAUCACCCCAGCCAUCCCAGUGAUAGCGGGGGUGCUGUUUGUCUUUGUGCUGGGGACUCUCUUCAGGACCAGCUUCAGUGACCCAGGGGUCCUGCCCCGAGCAACGCCCGAUGAAGCUGCUGACCUGGAGAGACAGAUCGACGUAGCCAACGGUUCCAGUUCGGGUUACCGGCCGCCCCCCAGGACGAGAGAGGUGGUCAUCAAUGGGCAGACGGUCAAGCUCAAGUACUGCUUCACCUGUAAGAUCUUCAGACCACCGCGUGCCUCUCACUGCAGCCUUUGUGACAACUGUGUUGAGCGUUUUGACCACCACUGUCCGUGGGUGGGGAACUGUGUUGGGAAGAGGAACUACCGUUUCUUCUACAUGUUCAUCCUCUCCCUCUCCUUCCUCACAAUCUUUAUCUUCGCCUUUGUCAUCACACACGUCAUCCUGCGAUCUCAUCGAUAUGGGUUCCUCAACACACUCAAAGACAGUCCUGCCAGUGUGCUGGAGGUGGUGGUGUGUUUCUUCUCUGUCUGGUCCAUAGUGGGCCUCUCUGGAUUCCACACGUACCUGAUCAGUUCCAACCAGACCACAAACGAAGAUAUCAAAGGGUCGUGGUCGUCUAAAAGAGGGAAAGGCAAUUAUAAUCCUUACAGCUACGGAAACAUAUUCACCAACUGCUGUGCAGCGCUGUGUGGACCCUUACCACCCAGUCUCAUCGACAGAAGAGGCUUUGUCCAAUUGGACACGCCGCAGCCCAUCCCGCCAACCAAUGGCAUCACCAUGUACGGAUCCACCCAAUCACAGAGCCACAUGUGUGAUCAAGCCCAGUGCAUUCAGAGCACCAAAUUCGUUUUGCAGGCUGCUGCCACACCCCUGCUGCAGAGUGAGCCAGUCAUCCUCACAGACGAGGCGUUUCUACCAGGCAGAACAUCAUUAGGGGGUCCCUGCUCUGGAGCCCUGCCGCUGGGGGGUCAUCCGACACCCCCUACCUCCACCCCCAACCUCAGCUGUGACAACGACAUGCUGCCUCUCCGGAACGAGCAAAGCGACGGGCUACGACACCACCACACGGACGGGGGCCACCACCACUUCCUCACGCCCGAGGAAGCUCCCUCGCCACCGGGCAUGCUCCCCUGCGGCAGUCCCCUGGGACACAGCCACACCAUACAGGGCUUCUACAAUCCAGCCAGCCAGGACUCUCUACACGAGGACUCUGUCAGAGGCCUGGUAAAGCUCAGCUCUGUCUGACAGGGGGUUCACUCAAACAUCACUCUGUCCCCCAAAACGCUCCUCCCUUCCAUCCACACCCGUGCCAAACAGUGGGUCGCCCCAACCCUGAAUGUCUGUAACCAAUAUCCUCUCCGUCCACUAAAAUCACAGGACUUGAGCCUCUAAAAGACUGUGGUACUAUUUGGGAGCAGAACUGACCGGAACUGGGACCUUCCCUCCUCAGCCAACAACUUGCCAAACCUCUGCAUCAUAAUGAGGGUUGUUGCUGGUGAAGGGCCCAGGGGACUGUGCCAUAUUAUAAACAGUCACAAACGUACUGUUUUCUACUGAAGCAUAGUCCACUCUCCUGGGAGGGGGACAGACAAAGGACAGGAUUUGAGGAGGAAAACAGAAGUGGUAGGUGUAUGGCUGUCUGUCAGCUAUUUUAAAGUCUAAAAAAGUGUUGUGACAGCUGUUCCUAAAUAUGUUAAAGAAAAGCUGCUUUAUUUCUGUCAUGAAUCACGAUUCUGGCAUUUUCUUUUUUUGUACAACGGACUGUGGCCUACUUGUUGAUCACUAAUGGACAGUGUCAGCCUUUCUGAGGAGAUUCCGGUUGAUAGUUGACAGUGCAAUCAGUAAACAAGAGUUAGUGUCAUCGUGUUGCUCGCCUUAGUGGAGUUGCCAACGACCGGAUGUGUCCGGUUUUCAGGGAUAAAGCUAAUUCACCCUAGCUUCCUUUUCCGCUGAAAACCGGAUGUGGCAUUUUCUUUUAUGCCUGCUGCGUUAGGUUAUCAUGUUGCAUAUCAUAAUUCAUUUCUUAUUUUUAAAUGACGUUAAAAAGAUUUGGUAUUGUGUUGUGCCAUACUAAGGUUUUUUUCUUUUCUUCACAUUAUACUUCCUGUGGAUAUAUUAAUAAAAUCACAUCUUUUUAAGGUA